AUGGCCACUAUGUCCCUGCAGAUGGACUUGGGUGAGGACUGGUGGGUCCAGGAAUUACUGAAGCGGAGGAAAGGCUGCCUGCUGGAGGAUGGCCUUUGCAGUACGUCGGAGGCCUGCAUAAAUGAUGGUGUGUUUGGAAGGUGCCAGAAGGUUCCAGCUCUGGACAUAUCACGCUAUGAAGUGUCACCCGUGGCCCUGCAGCACCUGAGGGUCACCUUGCAGGCGCUGUCUCGCACAGGUUUCACGUGGCAGGAUGACAACACCCAGCGCAUCAUGGCCCAGGAGCUUGCAGGCCUCCCCAGAACCCACCCCCAGCUCACAGAAACUUCCAACCCAGCCAGGACCUCACAGCAGAAUAUGGACACUGAGAGGCAGUAUAGCCUGGAGGAUGAUGUGGCUCUGGCUAAGACCCUGCAGCGAUACCUGCCCUAUUUGGAGGCUCUGUCCCAAACCACGGCCUCAAAUGUACACCGAGGGAUCGAGCGCGAGAAGCUGCCAGCCAAGGAUGAGGCACCCUUCCCUGAGAACAUCUUGAGCUAUGUGGCCCACAAGUCCACGCUGACCUACCCUCCCAUGACCCGGCUCCAGAACCCCGAGGCCUUCCCACAGAGGACAUUCAGCCGGCUCCAGCCAGACCAGCUCAGCCCAAAGGUGGACAGCAGCAUGGACAGACAGCACCUGAUGGCAGCUCUUGGCACCUAUGUUGCUCGAAUACCUCCGGUACCAGCCAGAGAGGGUGACCCAGGGCCACGGUACAUUCUGCGCAGCCCCUCAAGAGCGCCAAGGCCCCUCUCUGCACUGGCAGCCCCCCAGAAAUGGCUUAUGCCUCCAGGAGACCCCCAGGAGACCCUGAGCACAGGCAAUGGAGUGCUUGUCCCGAGUCUCCUGAAGGACCUGAGGAGGCAGCAGACUGAUGCAGAGGACAGGGCUCCCGCCGGUCUGGAAGGGAUGGCAGAUGUGAUCGCUGCCACCGCUGAGAGGCAAGGGAGCAGAGCAUGGGAGGAUGCCAACCCAGACUCCGCUGAGGUCAGUCACCUGAGUGUCCAAUUUGGAGACCUCCUGCAGGACCACGGGUCCCCACUCCUGCCUGGAGAGCAAUCCCUGGAGAAGUCUUUCCCAACAGAGAUCAAGAAAUCAGAGAAGCCUGUAGCCUCCUUGUCUUCAGAGGAAGAGGAUGUAGGGGUGGAGAAUGUGAAGAGCCAGACAUACUCCAAAGACCUGUCAGAGAAGCCGAAUGAGGAGCCCAGAGCUACUGGGCUUGGAGGGCUCCAGAGCUGGGAUCCAGGGGCACUGCAGGAGGUGCAGAGCCCCCAGGAAGGAGCACAGUUCCCUCCAGGUGGAGGCCUGCAGUUGGAAGCCAGGCCUGCCAAGGGCGAGGAGCCAGGCUACAUUGUGACAGGCAGCAACCCCCUGAGCCCAGAGAAGGGGAAACAGCUGAUGGAAGACGUCGCCCGCCUCCUGCAGGUGCCACCCAGCAUCUUUGAAGACAUUGAUGUCCUGGGGCCAGCAGUGACCUUCAAAGUGAGUGCCAAUGUCCGAAAUGUGACAACUGCAGAUGUUGCGAGGGCCACAGCUGACCACAAGAACCAGCUGGCAGAGACAUCUGGACUGAGGAUCCUUCAGAGCGGGACCGGGCCGAGCAGCAAACUCAAACUUCUGCCUCACCCGGGAGAUCAGGAGGAUUCCACCAAGUUCAUCGUGCUCACCUUCCUAUCCAUGGCUUGCAUCGUGGGUGUCCUCCUGGCCUCCAGCCUCAUCUACUGCCUCCGCCACAGCUCCCACCACAAGCUGAAGAAGAAGCUGUCUGGCCUGGGGGGUGACCCCAAUGCAGAUGCCACUGCUGCCUACCAGGAGCUGUGCCGCCAGCGCAUGGCCGUGCGCCCUCCUGAUCGGCCAGAAGGCCCACAUGCUUCCCGUAUCAGCAGUGUCUCCUCGCAGUUCAGCGACGGGCCCAUACCCAGUCCCUCAGCACGGAGCAGCACCUCCUCCUGGUCUGAGGAGCCUGUGCAAUCCAACAUGGACAUCUCCACCGGCCACAUGAUCCUGGCCUACAUGGAGGACCACCUGCAGAACAAGAAUCGGCUGGAGAAAGAGUGGGAGGCGCUGUGUGCCUACCAGGCAGAGCCCAGCAGCUCACUUGCCGCCCAGAGGGAGGAGAACCUGGCCAAGAACCGCUGCCCAGCCGUGCUGACCUAUGACCAUUCCCGGAUCCUGCUGAAGGCCGAGAAUAGCCACGGCAACUCAGACUACAUCAACGCCAGCCCCAUCAUGGACCAUGACCCAAGGAACCCUGCGUACAUCACCACCCAAGGACCACUGCCUGCCACGGUGGCUGACUUCUGGCAGAUGGUGUGGGAGAGUGGCUGCGCCGUGAUCGUCAUGCUGACCCCACUCACAGAGAACGGCGUCCGGCAGUGCCAUCACUACUGGCCUGAUGAGGGCUCCAACCUCUACCACAUCUACGAGGUCAAUCUGGUCUCGGAGCACAUCUGGUGUGAGGACUUCCUGGUACGGAGCUUCUACCUGAAGAACCUUCAGACCCACGAGACUCGAACGGUGACUCAGUUCCACUUCCUGAGCUGGUAUGACCAGGGCGUCCCUUCCUCCACGAGGUCACUUCUGGAUUUCCGCAGAAAAGUAAACAAGUGCUACAGGGGCCGUUCUUGUCCAAUAAUCGUUCACUGCAGCGAUGGCGCUGGCAGGAGCGGAACCUACAUCCUGAUCGACAUGGUUCUCAAUAAGAUGGCCAAAGGUGCUAAAGAGAUUGAUAUCGCAGCAACCCUGGAGCACUUGAGGGACCAGAGACCGGGCAUGGUCCAGACAAAGGAGCAGUUUGAGUUUGCACUGACAGCCGUGGCCGAGGAGGUCAAUGCCAUCCUGAGGGCCCUGCCCCAGUAGGCACCAUUGCAGCCACCGGGACCACGCCGUGACUCUGCCCGUGUGUCUCUCAUCAUGACCACAUAGUGAUAGGCUCCUUAAGCUGCUGUGGUCAGUGCUCUUCACCCCAGAAAAUGUGUACUUUUGUUUCAUUGAGCGACAGGGGCUUGCAGCAACAUCCAGCUGGAGUAAGGGGAGAAUCAGUUCAUCUGUUUUCACAUUCUUGAGAAGGUUACUUUUUCUAAAGCACAUGUUCAAUUUCUUAACCGCAAUCUUGCUGUGUUGGCACCUUCAGCGUGAUCUCAAAGCAGCUUGACAGAGGGGGUGAGUAGGGCAGGGAGGCACCUGGGAAGCCACGGGUCCUAAAGAGGGGCCACCAGGUGUGGAAAUGACUGUGGUGUCGGCCUCAAGGCUGGUCCAUCACAGGAGAAGUCUCAGGCAGGACUGUUAGCAUCCACAGCGUGGAGCAGGAAAGAAAGAACUCCCCAAGGCGUCACUGCCAGCUCCUCCUGACCUGCUCCCCCAAGCACUUGCAGGGCCAUGUCAGCCACACAGGUCCUCAAGGACAGAAGGAGCUCCCUGGGGUGACACCUCCCCACUGCUGUUUCCGAGGUCAGGACCUCACAUGAGGUUAUAGUUGAUGGCCAUUAUUAAUGUGAGAAUAUCGAUAUCUACACUGUAGAACCAGAUGCCCUGGCAUGCUUUCCCGGGAGGUAAUCAAAUCGGAGCAGGAAUGAGUGGUCAGUGAGCCCCAAGGGUCCCAAGGGCACAGUGGUCCCAGGGGAUGCUUGGAGGUCCAGUCCUGGGAGGAGAGGGGUGGACUCCCUGACUCCGCUGUCACCCACACCCCAGCCCUGGAGAGACUCGGGCCCUCCCGCCUUCCAAUGGUUAGCAGAAUGGGUCUGCAUGAUUCAGAGUUGCCAAAAUCAUGUGGGAGCCUCAGGUUUCCUCCCUCUCCAAGUAGGAAAAGCCCCUUCUGUAGACGACAUCAGGGUGAUGCAAUGCUGUCACCGAGAGCCACAGACACCUCUGUGGGGCUGAGCAUAGAGAGACCCCGACCUGCCCAGUGCCACUCCAUCCCUUCCACCUCCGUGUGACAUCUGUGGCCAAGUGUAAUGGGGAAAGGAAGGGAGAGAGGCGCAGACACGCUGUCUUAAGUGGUGUUGUAUAUCUGCUUUGAUACCUGUCCUCUCCUGAAAUCAUUUCUCCCUACCCGGAAUUUAAAUAAUAAUUAGUAGAAAUCAAUUUAUCUGAAUAUAGGAAGCAUAUACCUACUUGUAAUUUCUAAAUUCUUAUGUUUUAAAAAAAUCCUGCGGUGUGAGAUAUAUAAAUAUAUUUAAUGGUGUCA